AAACACAUAACGCAUUAGUUCCUCAUUUACGGAUUAUUAAUCGUUGCAAUUGUUACCGUUAGCUUUAGCCCCGCGAAUAACAUGACUCUGAAGAAUAGUGGUCCCGGCCUGGGACUGACCCUGGCCCGACCCCUUCCCCUCCUCACAAGAACUGGCUCUAACUUCUCCAUUGAGAACUUGUUGAAUUCUACACUAAAAUCAAGUCCCUCUCCGACCUCCACGAGUCCUCCCUCUCUCCUCACUCGAACUCCUUCCCCGACAUCAAGCUCUCCGCUAGCCCCAUCCGGUCUCUCUCCCAUGCCCUCUGCUAGCUUUCUCAGGAGUGGCUCACCAGCUGGAUUGGGAUAUGACAGGAUACUAUCUUCUCCGCAAUCCAUGGUGAACCAGCAGAGCGUUAUCAGGACUCACAAGUCUGCCCACGACCAGGCCACUUUGGACAGGACCGCUGCUGCCAGGUUAUUAAGCUCAACAGCUGGUCUGGACUGCACGAUGCUGAACGUCAAAGACGGAGUUCUUGGCAUGUCCUCGCUACCUAGCAACUUGGUUUCCACUCUGAACAUGAUGCAGCAAACCCCAACAUCCUGCAGUGCCUGUGUCUUCAACCCUAUUAUUGGGAACAUCCCCUGCUCCAACCACCUCGAGCAAAUAAAGGAAGCAGCUCUGUCCCGCUACGACAUCCUCUCCUCUCAACUCCAACUCGGACUCCUCGCCUCUGGAUACCCUGUCCUGCCUAUGUCACGUGACUUCUCACUCACAGAAAAUGGAAGAAAGAAAAAAAAGACAAGGACGACGUUUAGCAGGGCUCAAGUGUUCGGUCUGGAACGAAAAUUCGCUACUCAGAAGUACCUGAGCACGCACGACCGGAUCCUCCUGGCAGCUGCUCUACAGAUGACCGAAUGCCAAGUUAAAAUCUGGUUCCAGAAUCGAAGAACCAAGUGGAGACGUGAGAAAGCCAUGAUGAAGCAGGGAAACAGGAACAAUCUUUUGAUGUCAUGUGAUAGUGAUCACAUGAUCUAGCAAACCUGACGAUGUGAUCCAGUUUAACUGUCGACAAAAUGACGUCCAGCUCUCCAGUGAAGAUAUUCUCCGGCCCAAAGUAUAAGUAUCCUGUACUUGGAUCUAGGAAAUGUGAUUACCGACGAUAUGAAUCGUCAGCCACAAACUGAAGUACCCGAUUUGAGAUGCGUUAUCUGAAACCGAUGAAUUUAUUUGAUGUUUGAUAUUUGAUAAGUUUUAAGAAUUUAUUAACUGUAUGUUCUUUUUUGAUGAUUUUUUGGAAUGAUUGUUGGUAUUAUGAUAAGCGGUGGAGCGCCGUACUGACUUUCUUUCGUACAUUUCUUAGCCUGAGGCCUUUUUAUAUUCAAUACAGUUAAAUCAUGAAGUAUAUUCAUGGACUGUAGAUCAUAUUGAAACGGAGAUCUGCAAUAAUAUAUUUUGUUAGAGUUCGAUAGUACAUUCGAACAUCUUCCGUAAAUCUAAUUCACUAGUUCUUCUUGUUCUUUUUCUACUUAAUUUUGUUAAAUGUUAGUUUUUUUGUUAAUCAAGAUUAAACUAUGUAGUUUGUACAUUUAUACG